ACUUUAUAGUGGUGCACCGGCACGCGGUCGAUGGAAGGUAAAACUACCCCAGAGCUUUGCGGUCGCUGAUUCGUCUCCAGCACGAGUUUAGGUGGCAGUUGGCUGAGUGAGCACUAAAUUAUGGCUGGGCAAAUAUCAGAAUCUGAUCAGAUCAAACAGUUCAAGGAAUUUCUUGGGACGUACAACAAACUGACAGAAACCUGCUUCCUGGAUUGUGUGAAAGAUUUCACUAGCCGAGAAGUUAAGCCAGAAGAGAUGAGUUGUUCAGAACACUGUCUACAGAAGUAUUUAAAAAUGACCCAGAGGAUAUCUAUGAGAUUCCAGGAGUACCAUAUUCAGCAGAAUGAAGCACUCGCUGCUAAAGCAGGACUUCUUGGCCAGCCUCGCUAGAAGGCAAGAGAUUUGUCUACAUGAAGAAGUGCCAACGUUGAUUGCAUUGCACGUGAGGGUGCAUUGGUUUCCGCUGCUGCUAUGGCAACGACCCCCGGCACGGAACCGAACAGCCCAGAGAACGAUCGAACUGUGGAAACUAUUGAGCCGGCAGUGGAGUUGGAGUUGGCAGAAGCCAUGCAGCUGAUGGAGCCCGUUCCAAGAUCGUAUUUCCCCGUGCAGUGGAAUAAUGUUGACGCCCCUUUUCCGCAGGCCUGUGGACUGGUUCUGCCAGUCGCUGGGUUAGAGAUGGGAAGGGAGCAACCACUUUUUUUAAUUUUCUGUUUCUCGUACAAAUGACUGUUCAUUUUAAAACGCAAGUGAGUUAUCCAAAAAUUAUAUCCAAAAGUGUCUAAAGCAAGGUUUAUUUUUUAUUUAAUCAAACUAAAAUAAAUAGAAAUUUCUGUUUGUAUGGA